AACCCGAUUGUUAAAAAACGUUUGUCAGACGAGAAAUUAUAUUUUAUUAGUUAAUGCAAACAAAAUGAGUUUAUUGCAUGAUUUAAUCACAGCUAAUGAUUUUACAACACUUCGUGACCUACUCAGAGCAGGAGUGAAUCCGAAUACUGCAGAUGAAAGAGGAAAAACACCUCUACACAUCGCCGUUUGCAAGAAGGAAGAAAAUAUACAAGAAUUUGAACACAAUUUGCAAGUUGUACGGGAAUUAAUUUAUUUUGGAGCCGAUGUGAAUCGUACGGACAACUUUGGAGAUACUCCUCUGCAUUUUGCCGUUUGUUUUAGGAAUUACAAAAUGAUGGAAAUACUUCUAAAAUGCAAUGCGGGAAUAGAUAUACAGAACAGACAAGGAAACACUGCAAUGCAUUAUGCCAUUGAUAACUGUAAGUUGUUACAUUGGGCAAUUCCUAACUAUAAAUGUCCUGGAGAUGGAAAACAUACCGAUUUGAAAGCAGUGAAAUUACUUAUGAACUAUCACGCUGAUAUCAACUUAUCCAACAGUUUAUCUGAAACUCCAUUGAUAUGCGCAGUGAAAGUACCGAACCUUCAAAUUGUCCAAGCAUUACUCGAAGGAGGGGCCCUCCAUUCGUUAAGUGAUUUCCGUGGAAAUGGACCAUUGCAUUAUUCUUUAGAUAGAACACAAAUACAUACGAAAAUUGUGAAUGAACUGCUCAGAUAUGGAAGUAAUCAUGCAUCCAAAAAUAAGCGUUCACAAAGUCCUGUAGAUGUGUAUCUAAAAAGACUUCACAAUGCAUCACCAACAGAACAAGAAAAAGCAGGAUACUUAUUCAAACUUUUUGUGUUUCGGAAAAAUAAUUUUAACAUUACACAAUGUAAGAAAAUAGCAGACAUAACCAGAAAAACGAAAAGUCUUCUGCUCCAAUUCUUUUGGCAUUGCCGCUAUGAAAUUGAAAAAAUGAAAAUUGAUGAAGUAUCAACAGACUAUACUGUUUUUCAAAUAGCUUCGAAGGUAUUUUAUUAUAGUAAUUCUGAAGAUAUACCUCAUUCAUUCGAAAUUUUUGAUAAAGUACUUGAAAAAUUGAAGAAAGGCGAAUAUGUCGUGUAUAUUGAUAUAAUCGUAUCCGCUAUUUCUAGAAACUAUAUGGCUGUUAAAACUGCAGAAAAUGGCUAUUGGUUGGACAGAAAAGGUGAACGGAUAGAAUUUUUAAAUUUUGACACGCGUUAUCGUCUUUCAUACUAUUUGACGAAUUCUGAAAUGUUUGAUUUGAUGCUAGCGUUUUCAUCAACCAGCUAGUUUUUUAAAAGUAUGCAACGUCUUGUAUACAAAUGUUUAAUAGUGAUUUUUUUUUUGUUAAUGAAUAGUUUUAAAAGGAAGACUUAAACCAAAGAAAUUUCGCUCUAAAUUAUGUUGAAUGUAAGGAUAUUUUUGUGA